AUCGCAAAAUAAUCAUGAGGAUUGUUGAAACAUUUCCCAGCACACACAAUUAUUAUCUACACGAUCUAAAGUAUGAUUUCUAUGGAGAGCGUAUUGCCUCUUGUUCCAGUGAUCAUCAUAUUAAAGUUUGGGAUAAAGUAGAUGUUGCUACCGUGAAUAAUUCAUCACAGAGUCCUAAUACAAAUAAUAAUCUUAUUAAUCAUCAAUAUUCGGAUCCAAGUAAAUCAAAAACCUGGAAAUGUGUUUAUGAUUGGAAAGCACAUAAUGGAAGUAUUUGGAAAGUUGAAUGGGCUCAUCCAGAAUUCGGACAAUAUUUGGGAAGAACCGCCUGCAAAUACAGGACCUGCUAGUGGUUUAGCACCAUUGGUUAUAUCACAAGGAAUUAUUGGACAACCUUCAUCAAAUCAAUCUAGUACUGUUCAAAGAGUUGUUUCUUCAACAUCAAAUAUUAUUCAAAAUUCAUCAUCAACUUCAAACACAACUACCAAUGAUGGAGUUGAUGGAAAUACAUCACCAGUUUCAAAUGGAGUAAUUGUUGGUGGAGGAAUGGAUCAUUCAUCAAGUAGUGGUAAUUUGCCAAGUUCUUCCAGUUCUACCAACUUGAAUAGUGUAAUGGUUGGUGGUAAUGUAAAUAUGGUCAAUAAUUCUACUGUUCAAAAUACAUCACCUAAUCCUGUGAAUAAUCCUCAUGCAUCGAGAAGAUCCUGGCUUUUGAAGGCAACUCUUGUCGAUUCCACUGAUGAUGUUGUAGAUAUUAAAUUUGCACCGAAGCACUUGGGGUUAAAGCUUGCUACAUGCUCUCUAUCAGGGAAAGUUCGUGUCUAUGAAGCUUUUGAUGUGAUGAAUCUUGCUCACUGGAGUAUCGGAUUUGAUUUUGAUGCUAAUAAUGGAGGAAAAAUUCACUGUAUGAGUUGGUGUCCAUAUAGGUUUAAAGAACCAAUGAUGGUUAUUGGAUGUGAAGAUGGUAAAUUAAGAAUUUGGCACUAUACACAAAAUAGAAAAUGGCAAGCAUGGAUUCCGUCACAGGUUAUUCCUAAUGCACAAAAUAUCUCACAACUAGUUGGAUACACACCAGGUUCUGUAGCCUUGAAAUCCAUUGUUGUGAAUGAAGGAAAUAUUACUCAAGUCAUUCCUUUAAUUGGUCAUUCACAACCAAUUCAUGACGUAUCAUGGGCUCCAAAUUUAGGAAGAUCUUACGAUUUAAUUGCAUCAGCAUCUAAGGAUGGCUCUGUAAGAAUUUGGAAACUCAACUCUGAAACGAAAUCUAUCGAGUUAAUGGACAUUGAUGAAACACACAAACACAAUUCUGAAGUUUGGAAAGUUGAAUGGAAUUUGAGUGGAACUGUUCUUGCUAGUAGUGGAGAUGAUGGCUCAGUUCGUUUGUGGAAAUAUAAUUUCGAGGAAAAGAAAUGGAAAUGUGAAUCAGUAAUAGAAGGAGCUAAAAAAGAUCACUAACUUUACAUUAAAAUAAUAAUUUAAUUUUUUGUUGCUCC